CUACACCAGGGGAACUGAACCAAAUAAAGAGCAUAGAGAUGGAAAAGAUUGGAGAGAGACCAGGACAACGUUAGCAUAUCAUAAUGCUGAAAGGAAUGGCAUUAGCGAUAAAAACAAUAAGAGUAGCAAUAAAGAAAUAGACCUCUCUACAGUGAACCUUCUCUGAGAAGUGCCUUCAGCAGCACGGAUCUUAGGCCUUGAGGAAUCAUUCUAUUUAAGUGGGUCUCUCUCCUCUGUUCUCUUCUUUCUUAAAUCCCCACCUCGAAAUCACAGCACUCCUUGUUGUUCCUCCAUUCAUCUACUUCUCCUCCUUUCCUUGUUUUUUCCAUUUUCUUGGGUCUCCAACCCUGUCUAUUUCUUUUGUUUGUUGGGAUUGGUGAGUGCAAAUUGUGUUUCUCAUCUGAAAUUAUAUUUUACUCUCCAUCUCUAGUUUUCUUUUAGAGGUGCAACCAUGGCGGAUGCCGCGGUCCUCAACCAGGGGGAGGAGGAGGAGAGUAUAGAGCUGCCCCCGGGCUUUAGAUUCCACCCCACAGAUGAAGAGAUCAUCACCCACUACCUCUCUCCAAAGGCUCUUAACCGUAGCUUCAGUGCAGCAGCAAUAGGGCAGGUGGAUUUGAACAAGUGUGAGCCAUGGGAUCUUCCAAGCAAGUCCAAGAUGGAGGAGAAGGAGCGGUACUUCUUCUGCCAGAGGGACAGGAAGUAUCCAACUGGCACAAGGACCAACAGGGCCACAGAAGCUGGCUAUUGGAAGGCCACGGGAAAGGACAGAGAGAUCUACAGGGGGAGAGGUAUCCUGGUUGGCAUGAAGAAGACCCUUGUGUUCUAUAAGGGGAGAGCUCCCAAGGGAGAGAAGACCAACUGGGUCAUGCAUGAAUAUAGACUUGAAGGCAAAGCCCCUAACUCCAUCAUCCCCAUAACAGCCAAGGAUGAAUGGGUUGUGUGUAGGAUCUUCCAUAAGAACAUCGGAAUCAAGAAAAGCCCGGUGCCAGGACUCGAGAGGAUGAGCUCUUUUGGAGAUGAUUUCCUGGACUCCUCUACAUUGCCUCCUCUAAUGGAUCCCUCUUACUACAGUUCCAAUACAAGGCCAACUCCAAGCUACAUCAACGAGGGUGGCGAGGGCUUUGAGUUCAAGGGUAUACCAACUAGCUCUUCUUCCAUGCCUUCCUAUUACUCCUCCAUGUUGGGCGUGGAGAACCGGCAAGAUAUGAUCAGUAGUCUUCAAGAAAGCUCAGGAAAUCGACCUCAGAAUUCACUGUUCUACCCCCAAGUCCCUCCUCAGAGCUCUCACUUCUCUCUCGCCGAAGCCGCCAAUCUGGGCUACUUGCACCACGAUAAUGCAAUGCUGCGAGCUUUGGCUACCACCAACGCUGCAUCAUCUGCCAUCAGGAGGCCUUGCAAGGUGGAGCAGUACUCGAACCAGUCGAUGAUCAGCCCAUCGCAGGAAUCGGGGCCGACCGCCGAGCGGAACACCGAGAUUUCCUCCAUGGUUUCAAAGCAUUAUAAUGAUCUCGACGAGCCUUGCUCCGCUGGAUCAGUGAUGGACUUCGACAACUUGUGGAAAUACUAAAAAAAUUUGAGAUUGAUUCGUGUGUUGGCUCCUUAAUUUGUUAGGCUCUUGUUUCUCUCCAAGGCCACUCAUGUCUUACUAAUUGCAGAAGAGAAUUGGCCUUGUGCUUUAGAUACCGUCACUGUAUAUAAACUUCUGAUUGUCUAGUAUGUAUGCAGAUUAAAAACUUCUAGCUAGAGAGGAAUGAGAUGAAGGUGUGAGCACUGAUGUAAAUUUAUUCUUUCGUUGAGUUAGGACUCAUAACUCGUGCUAUUUUAUUGGAUUGAUUAUUGGAAUCGUUCUUGUAUGGAAAAGUUCUUGGUUC